GUUCAACGUUCUGGUUGGCAAGCAGCUGCUCUUAUUGCCAAUGUUCGUUUCUGCGCAGAUCUUGAGCGACUGUCUCGACGUUUGGAGGUCGAGGGCUCCCGGUGAUUUGGAGCUCGUUACUGCGUACCUCCUCGCCCAAAUGUCUCGACGGUAACCAUGUCACAAUCCACUCGAUGGCGGCCAUGGACGCGAGAUUUCUACGGCCCAUCGUCAACUAUUUGGCCCUAUGGCUUAUCGUACCAGAAUACGAUUUCGAAAAACGCGAAAUAAGCGGCAACAACGUCAAAACGGUCGUCCGUUCGGUUACGAUUGGCCUGUCGAUUAUUGCGCCUCUCGCAUUUUCCAUCUACGCAGUGAUCGCGAUAGAAACGAGCAUCGGGCCAUACCUGAAGGUCGUCGAAGUCGUCAUUUUCGUGCUCGGUUCAUUGGCGGUCGUGACGCACGUAGCCGACAUGAUGGCGCGACGUAACGAGUCUCGAAAGUUCGUCCGUCUGAUGUCGUUACUCGACGAAACGUUGGGCCCUAUAGAACCGGGAUUCUACGCAGCCUGCGUGCGCAGGUUCAUUUGCUGCAACGUCGCGUUCUUCGCUGCCGUGUCAUACGUCUGUUAUCAAUACGUCGUCCGCAUCGGCGCAGUGGACUACAUAAAACAUCCGCCAGAGCUGAUACUCGGCUACCGCAAUUUUCUGCUUACAUUCGUGUUGGUGCACGCUGUACAGAACAUGCGACUCAAGUGCCGCGCUAUCAGCGACGCGUUAAAAACGAUCAAAUAUGACGGCGAGGGAGCGUCGGUCAGCAAAAUUAAGACGUGCGAGUCCGCGUACCUCUUGCUAUCAUCCGCGCAGGCGUCUUUUAACGAGUUCUUCGGCCGGCAGUUGUUGAUAAUGACUUUGUAUGUGGGCGGGACCGCUUUGUUCCUCUGCCUCAGGGUGUACGUCGAUCCGUCAAGGUUGCCGACUCUUGCACCCGUUCUGUCGUUGGGAAUAUUGAUGACAAUGCAGUUCGCGGUGAUGCUGUCUUGCGAUCUGGUGAUGAAAGAGUCGGAGAAAGUUUUGGUGCUGUGUGUCGAGCUUCAAGAAAAGUUUCCGGAAGAUUCGGCGGAGUACCACGAACUCCGGAACUUAUGCGACAAGCUCACGCUAAGAAAGAUCAAGUUCACGGCCGCGCACUGCUUCGACGUAGACAGAUCGACGAUUUUCUCUCUGGUCAGCAACACCGUCACGUAUUUUAUAGCGAUCAUACAGUUCAUAGAGAAGGAUUCGAAACACGGCGGAAAGAAUUAAGAAUGUGAUUUUUACGAAACAUUUUGUUAUUUAAGUUUGUAAGUGUGGAACUUCAGAAAAAUUUAUCAGCUCUUCAAGAUCUGUUCCUUUGUCUAGAUGAUUUCAUU